AUGUCAUCCGACAUCGAAGUAUUCCAACGGGUCUUGUUUCCAGCUCAGAAAAUUAUAAUAUUUUCUGACGCUCGACGUCUAUCCGCAGCUUCCGGUUUGCUUGUCUGGGGGUUCUGGCUUAAAUACGAUGUCGCAUCUGUAAACACCCCUUCAGCUUUUGCUGAUAACCAGGCUCGAGUGCAGUUCUUCCAUCAUAGGCAAGAACAAGUCCUAAAUGCCGCUCCAAAUGCCGCUCACUAUGUUCUCGCUCGACUGGCCAUUCCACGCAUUCGCCACAGCGUCUCCCCCAAUCCAAAGUGUACACACUUUACUCAGAAUAUAGAAUACUCUCGCCCUCGAGGAACCAUAAAGGAACUCCACGAAACAAAUCGCGAUUUUCACGAAACAAUUUACAACUCCCCAAUCCGUCCGGCUUUCAAAUGUACUGAACUCGUCAUCGAAGCUGGUGGUCCUGAGCCUGCGUGGGGAUCUCUGCGGUCGUGUGUUCUUCCAGUGCUUUAUCUGAAGUUCGCAGAAGAUGAAUCACGAAGAGUUCCUGGGCCAUAUCACGAUGCAUAUAUGAAGGUGCGAGAACCUAAGCAUUACACUGUAUUGCACAAAGUCUUGGUAGCGAAGUGGAUUAUCCUCCAUGAAAUGAAGGGUCUACAUGAAACCUCGAGCAGUAUUGCUCAAAGGGAUACGCCAUCACUCCACUCACCUUGUUAG